AUGCUUACUGAAAUAUAGAUUACAGUAAAAAUUUCAAAAUUUAGUUUAAUAUAAUUAAAAAAAAAAGUAAGCAAAAAAAUAUCGCAACUCAUUCUUAAUAAUUUAUAAGAAAUGAAAUGGUUACCAGAAAAUUGUUUAGAAAGUAUCAGCUUAACAAUAGUACUUGAUCCUAUAAUAUUUCCUUCAUACUUCUACAUGAAUGGUAUUAUAGUUUCUUGUAUAAUAUACAUUAUUUCUGGAUUUAUAGUUCUACACUCCUCCAAAAUAUAUACUACAAUAAUGGAAAUGAAAGCAAAAAAAAUUGAUUAAAUAAUCUAAUUUUUUCUAGGGUAAAGAUGGAGGUUAACAUAUUUAAUUGCCUCUUUAGUUUAUAUUAUGCAGCUAAUGUAAAUGUACACACUUUAUAUAAAUAAAUUCACAAAAGACAUUAUGGUUUCUUUUUUUCCACUAGACUCCUUGUCUUAAUAUAUAGAAGUAUUGGUUAUACCUAUAACAUCUCCUAUGAUAAUUAGUUCUCUAAUAUGCAAUUCAACCUCUCCUUUAAAACUUGGAUUGAAAUUAAAUGUAGUUUUCUUAGUCUCAAUAGUCUUGAUUUACAUAUACAUAUUUAUAUCUUCUUUUGAGCAAAUAAAAAGCAACUUUGAUUCAUCAAUAUUAACUACUUUUAAUUUAGAAAAUCUACCUUACUUUAUUUCCUAAAAUAAUUACUCAUUUCACUUCUAAUUGUAUUUAUAAGAGCUGGUAGUAUUUAAUUAGAAUAAUAAAAUUGUAAAUAAAAAAAUUUAAUAAAUUGUAAUAUAUUUUGCUUUGUCUGUAGGAUUAUUCUUUGGAGUGAUUGGUAGCUUGAUUGUAAAUGAUUAGGAAAAGCAAGGAAUGGUAAACAAAGAAAACUCAAAUUAAUUGUAUCAGUUACUUAUAUUUUAGUAUUUAACUUAGUUUCCAGUCAUAGUUAUAGUGAUGAAGAUAUUUAUUAUAUUUAAUAUGCUUUUUAAUAUCGGCUUUAAAUUCGUGAUAUUUAGAUAAAAUCUUACCAAAUUUUUAGUAGAAAAGAAAAUUAAAAACUUUAAUGAAAAUUACUUCAAUAAAAUGAUAAAAGUAUAAAUAAUUAUAUUUAUACUAGUCCUAAAUUUAUCUACAGAAAACUAACAAACUUCAUUAUUCAUAAUAUCUGGUUCUCUUUUGUCUAAGCAAAACUUAAUCAAAAAAUAUUUCAUAAAAAUAAAUUUACUUAAAUUUUAGAAGUCUGUAAGUUAAUGA